AUGGCGACGAACCAAGGCACGGAGAAGGACAAGCUGGAUCGGCUUCGGCCGAUCGCGACGGCGGUCGCGCGCGACAUCGGAGUCUCUCUCUCGGCCAGCUCCACACGUCAAGAUGCUCAUACUCUACUUCCGGGAACGCGCGGAUUCAUGACUGCUCUUCGCGUCAAGGACCACUUUGCGCCGUACGAUGCUCACCGGGCCGACCGGUUCGUUUGCCGUCUCUCAGCCUCCGUCGCGCACACCAAGAUGAUCAUCCUCGACGAUCAUCCUCGUCUGUUCAUUCCCUUGCAUGGACCGCACCUCUGCUCCCAUGCCGAUACCAUGAUCCACCUCGAUGGCCUCUCCGGCGUGUUGCAUUUCGCGUGCCAGUACCUGCACAUUAUCCUCUCGCUCACACCCUUUGUCUCCUCAGACUGUUCUGCGCAUCGAACACCACGGCACAACCGUCCCGCCUCCUCGCUCGUGGAAAGUAUAUCGUCGUCGGCGACGUCGUCCAGCGACCGGCUCUCCGAAGCCGAAGAAGCUCCAAGCGUAUACACCCAGUCUGGCCAAGACGAUGCGCAGGCAGAUGUCGAUCUAUUCGAACGGAGGAUCUACGAUGUCGCCCACCAUGACUAUCUAAAAGCGAAUACAACGCACCAGGGACUCGAACUUGGCUCACUCUCCGCCAUCGCCGACCUUCACAAUCUCCGGAACCGCGGCCUCUACCUGCGCAUUCAGACCAUUGACGGGUUGUGGCUGCCGGGAUUGCCAAUCAAGGUCGUGCUCGCCGUUCUAGAUGACAGCGGCGUCAUAUAUGCGCGCACAUGGACUCCCGCCAUUGGCGUUGUCAAGCGCUUCAUCAUGGAAGCAGCCGCGCACGCGGCUUCGACGAUCAUCUCCUCUCACCAUCGCCUCCGCCCCCACUCCCAAUGCAGUAUUCAGAAAGCAGUCGGAUCCGGCAAACCACGCCAUACGCAGAUACCCUUCUACGAAAUCAAACCUAAGGCGAGGCGACUUGUCGAAACGGACUCGCAAUCGGACGGGUCGACGCGAGUCGUGCGCGUAUAUGCGAGUGGUGGCGGGUGGGUAAGGCGGGUGACAUGGGAGUAUGCAUGA